UCACCCAGUUCGUUUGCCAACCUCACUCUUCAACCUUCAUCAUCGAACUUUUCCAUCCGAACUAUUCGACAACUUAAUCAUCAUCUUCGCCUUGAGCGCUAGCGGUUGACUUGAGCGAUCUCUGUUUCUUGAUAACUCGAUCCAGCCUGUAUCCAGACGCGAUUCACAUCCAAAUCCAUCAGCGAACUCAAUCCUCGAUCCUUCCUCCAGGUGCACAAAGAUUAACCCACAGACAUCUUAGGAUACAAAUUGAUUUCAGAAGAGAUAAAUUGAUUUCAGAAGAGAUAUCAUCAGGCUCGCUGUGGAUACAUUUGGCAUCGAAAUAGACCAAGGUGGCCUGCUGAUACUGUGGAUGUAGCUUGAGGUUGUUGGGAUUGGUCAACUGCUGAGGCUGUUACGGGCGGUUACUUGUUGUUCAACUAUUUUUGCGGCUUCAUCGCUGCCAUUUGUACAUUUUUCGUCGUGUUUUUCUGCUCUCUUUCCAGAUUUUUUGAGCUAUUGAAACCAGAACUUGAUUCCCCAUAUCUCAGUACGAAAACAAAGAUAAAAAAUAACCUUGGCUUUGUACGGUCGCAUUACCUGGCUCAAGCCUGUUGCGUCUACUGAAAACUGGGUGUCGUUUGCCACCAAAUCGUGCGACAGUUGAGGGAGACCAUCACACCAUAUAUACGGAGUCGAAAACCAAGUACGACAGAAAACGAUACCAACAGUCCACGAAAUAUUUCAUCCCUUCUCCAGUACCUCCUGGCUGACUGCCCAAAGGCUGGAGUUCACCAACAUUGACGUGGUUAAAAUAUUGCCACGAUGACUUCUUCCGUUUUCUUCAAGUUCAAGUCGCAAAAGGAGCCCACCCGGGUCGAAUUUGACGGCACCGGAAUCUCUGUGUUCGAGCUGAAACGUGAUAUUAUUAUAAAAGGUGGCCUGGGAGAUGGAACAGAAUUUGAUCUCAAAAUAUAUAACGAAGAUGGAAACGAAGAGUAUACUGAUGACACCACAAUAAUUCCGAGGUCCACCUCGAUCAUCGCCCGCCGCUUACCACCCAUAAAGGCUGGAGCGGGCAAGGCGGCUCGCUACAUGUCGGGAAAGAUGCCAGUUAAUGCAAAGAAUUCGUCCAGGAAAGAGAUGCCUACUGCUAAAUCCACCUCAAAGGCAGCCGUGAGCUCCAACUUUGCUCCCAAAAUGAACGAUGCAAUGUCUGAGGAGGAACGUAUGGCUGCCAUGUUUCAAGCACAGAACGAGCAGUGGUCCGCGCAACAGGACGAGAUGGCGAACCAAACACCGAUCGCCCGUUCUGGUGGCAACAAAAAAGGAGGACCACCCCCCAACGUCCCAGAUCACGAGCCGCCUACGGGGUACGUAUGCUAUCGAUGUGGAGAGAAGGGACACUGGAUUCAAGUAUGCCCAACGAAUGACGAUCCGAACUUUGACAACAAACCACGAGUUAAGCGAACCACAGGAAUUCCUAGGUCGAUGCUGAGGACAGUCGAGAAGCCAGUCGCCCUCACAGGCGACGGGAUGGCGGAUGAUGUGAAAGCUCUGUCCGGCGUCAUGGUUAACGCCGAAGGCGAGUUUGUAGUUGCAGAGCCGGACAAGGCUUCUUGGGAGCAGUUUCAGGCAAAGACGAAGUCGUCUGCUGCGGCGCAACAAGCAGCUGCAUCAGGUAACAAGGAGUUGCAAGACAGAGGAUUAGAGUGCCCAAUCGACAAACGCAUGUUCAUAGACCCAAUGAAGACGCCUUGUUGUGAGAAGACGUAUUGCAAUGAUUGCAUAACUAACGCACUCAUUGAGAGCGAUUUCAAAUGCCCUGGUUGUCAAACAGAAGAAGUCCUUAUUGACAACUUAAAACCUGACGAAGAGGUGUCUAAGCUCAUCAAGGAUUAUGUUGAAGAGAAAGAAAAAAUAAAAGAGGCCCCAAAGAGUCCUAGCAAUCCCGAAUCCGCAUCAGAACAAGCCUCAACCGAGCCAACUGCCAACAAGACCGGAUCCGCGUCGCCAAAACCCGGAUCUCCUGCUGUUGUUUCAUCCCCAAAGCCUUCAGAUUCAGAAAAGCCGGCAGAGAAGUCACAGGUAGUUAACCCUACUGGAUCCGACUCUAAGAAACGCCCUGCAGAGGAUCCCCUUGAGAAUCCCAGGAUACCAAAGGGCCCUAAGGCGAUGCAACAGCAGGAAGCGCAAAGGCAGGCAGGAAUGCAACAACAGGCCAUGAUGAAUGGCAUGAACCCCAUGCAAGGAUUUCCAAACGCACCCUUCGACAUGUCACAACAGUUUGGGAAUGCGUACGGUAUGGGCAUGGGAAUGGGCAACAUAAAUAUGAAUAUGAUGAGUGCGUACGGAAUGAUGAACCCGAUGAUGAACCCGAUGAUGAACCCGAUGAUGGCCAUGAACGGCUUCCCGAUGAACGGCGGAUUUUCCGGCAUGAACAUGAACAUGCCUAACAUGAAUGGACCGUACGGUGGCGGAUAUGGGGGUGGUAUGGGGAGUGGAGGGGGUUACAAUAAUUCAAGGCCGAAUAUGCCAUCAGUUCAACCAGGUGAAUUUCCAAAUCAACAGAAGACGAUUUUUGCAGGGAACUUGCCAAAUGAGGAGGACAAUGCAUAUUUCAGGAACCCCGUCAACCCUCACCGACACCAGGGACGACAGAAGAGAAGCCGUCCAAGUGAUUUCAGGGAGCUCUAGUUGGGAGGAAUAGUUUUCGUAGGGAGGGUUUAGUUAGCUAAUACUGGGGUCAUUUAUAGAUUACUGUAUAAUAAAAAAUAAAAUUAACUGAAAUGCUUG